GUCCCCGUAGGGUGGCGGCGUGGGGAGGGCAGGCAGGGGGCGCGCGCUGCCGGGCAGCAGGGCACCGCCCCGCCAGGUGAGGCCGGUGGAGCCGGGCACCGCACCGCAUCCCAUCGCAUCCGGUUGCGGCGUGGCGGCGGGAGCAUUGUACGCGACGACGAGGGUCUGCCCGUGCUCCUGCGGGCCUGCUGAGGGGGCCUGAUGAUGGGCGCCGGUGGCGCGCAGCGGGGGUGAGAAGGGAGCGCGGUGUCGCGGUCUCCCCCGGAGCCCGUGUAGCAGGUGCGCCUGGCCGCUGUCUCGGUGCCCGGCUCACCCCGUGUGGCCGCGGUUGCGUUCCUGGCUGCAGCCCCGCGUCGACCGGAGGCAGAGACGUGGCAGGCGGCGGUCACUCCCGGCACCGCGGCGAGGGCAUUGACAACAAGACAGCAGAAUGGAGAGCAAAUGCUGCAGGCGAUUUGUGUUUUGCUCCAAGACAACAGUCUAUACGUUUCUUCUUGGUGGAGUGUUUAUUGCAUUGGGCUCAAGUCGAAUCCUCCUGAUGAAGUAUUCUGCCAAUGAAGAUAACAAAUACGAUUACCUUCCUACAACAGUGAACAUAUGUUCUGAAGUAGUAAAACUGGUCCUGUGUUUGAUACUGGCACUAUGGGUUAAGAAAAAAGAGGGUUGUUUGGAUCAUCCCUUUGAAUGUAUGUCCUGGAAGAAUUUUUGUAAUUCCAUGAAAUGGUCAAUUCCUGCCUUUCUUUACUUUUUGGAUAACUUGAUUGUCUUCUACGUACUGUCCUAUCUCCAGCCAGCAAUGGCUGUGCUCUUCUCAAAUUUUGUCAUUAUAACAACAGCUCUUCUCUUCAGAAUAGUGCUAAAGAGAAAACUCUCUUGGGUACAAUGGGCAUCUCUGGUGAUUUUAUUCCUGUCCAUCGUUGCCCUGACUCUAGGAACUGGAGGCCAUCAGCAAAGCUUGGCUGCACAUGGAUUUCAUCACAAUCUGUUUUUCAGUCCGUCUAAUCACUGCCUUCUCUAUACCGGACCUGAGGUAGCACCAAGUUUCCUUCCUAGGUUCCAGUGGAAUGUCACCAGUACCAUGGCAGGAGCACUGAAACCUCUCCGCCUUAGCCUGGGCCAUCUGCUUAUUCUGGUGCAGUGUUUCAUUUCUGCCCUGGCUAACAUCUACAAUGAAAAGAUCUUGAAAGAUGGGGAUCAGCUUGCUGAAAGCAUCUUCACGCAGAACAGCAAACUCUAUGCCUUUGGUGUGUUGUUCAAUGGGCUUAUGCUGGGGCUGCAGACUAAGGACCGGAGGCAGAUAGGGAAUUGUGGCUUCUUCUAUGGGCACAAUGUCUUCUCGGUGGCUCUUAUAUUUGUCACAGCUUUCCUGGGGCUGUCUGUAGCCUUUAUCUUGAAGUUCCGAGACAAUAUGUUCCACGUUAUGACUGCUCAGAUCACCACUGUCAUCAUCACCGGUGUUUCUUUUGUCAUCUUUGACUUCAGACCUUCUCUAGAGUUCUUUCUGGAAGCUCCUGUAGUGCUUCUCUCAAUAUUCAUCUAUAAUGCCAGUAAACCAAGAGGCCUGGAAUAUGCCGUUCUGCGGGAAAGGGGCAAACUUGUCAAAGGAGAUGCGUGGGAGAGGUCAAGCGGGGAUGGAGAAGAAUUUGAGAGACUGAACAAACCAAGCAGUGACAUUGAUACAGAUGAAGAUUCCCUCUAGCAUCAGGAUGUAUUGGAAAGUGCUCUUAUUCAUAGUGAGGGGGUGUUAAUGUUUUAUUAACAUAGAGAAGGGUUGUUUUUCACCACUUGCAGAGCAACAGAGAUUAUUUUGGGCCUGAAUGUCAGAGGUGGAUAAGGAAAAAAUUCAAGUCAUGUGUGGAGAGUUGUGUUCCCUCUUUCUAUCCCUAAAAAUCAGGAGUUCAAAAUCUGCUGAAAGAAACUUGUAACUGAUGCAAACAAGAAGAGACAUUGACCGACCCUGGAGUCAGUGGUCUGAGUGAUGUGUCCUGAGUCACUGUAACGUCCUGUAUGAAUUCCUUGGUUAGCAAAGCAGGGAUAAAGCUGUUCUCCACCUUGCAGAAGUGAUACUAAUGUUGAUUUAUGUUUUUGCUGCAUCUUCCAAUGUACAAAUGCUUCAGAAACUUUUAUUUUCAGGACUUAGGAUGUUACUAAUGCCUCAUAAAUAAUGAGGAAUAUUGACAGUUUUAUUUUGCUCUGGCAGUUCACAUUAACAUAUCCCUGGCUGAGUAAAAGAGUCUCUCUAAACCAACCUAAUCAAACUUUCAGUUGAGAAUGAAUAGUAAAUCAAAUAAAUUGAGUUAAGGAUAUGUUGAUCCUUCAAACAGGCAAACCUCUAGAGUGUGAUUUGAGUUUGAAUGGUCUUAAUUUCUGUCUUCAUUCCUGUUUUUACAUCAGUAUAACUCUGUUCUGACUCCUGUGGAGUCUUUUCUGUCUGAUUUUCUCUGAUGUGACUGAGAGCAUAAUAGAUUUCACUGAAUUCAGCCACCAGUUCUUACAUUUUCAGUGAGAGAAUGUUGUGUGCCUGCCUCCCAAUGUCUGGGGAAAUGGAAAUAUGGAAUGUCUUUGUAGCAGAUAGUGAAUGUUACAUGCAGUUUAUGUGGCCUGACUUUGAAAGAGCUUGAAUAAAACAUAAGUGUCUUAUACGGUAUGGAUUCAUCAUAGGGUCUUUUUUGCAUUUAAAAACACUGUGAGUAGAGGCUUAGUUUGUACUGAGGCCAGUAUCUGAGAACAAAUAUUGUGUAGCUACAGUGAUACCUUUCAACAUCUGGAGCAAUAAACAAGAGGGUGCAGGUGGUUGUAUUAUUUGGUGUUGCUUCACCCUGCCAGACUGUUAAGGUCUUGCAUUCAUUUUGCAGAGGAAGAAAUUUUGCAGAGUGCCAGGCAUAGUGAUCUCAGAAUCACUAUUGAGGCAUCUGCUGGGUUUUAUUCGGAGUGAGAUGAAAAAUAGGUUCCAAAUAAUGCAGAAAAUUUCAAAAGGGAGAAGGGAAUGGGGGUGCUGAUAAGAGAUUCUUGGUAUGUUCCUAAAGCCUCUUCUCUUAGAACAGUGGAGAAGAUAUUGGUUUAUAAUUUCCUCCCCUAAAGCAUGCAUCUUCCAUAGUUGAAAGACACUAUCAAAAGAAUUCUUAAGAAGAUAAGCAAUGAAUUCAGUGUCAAAGCCUCAUACCACAGCAUAUAGUAACCAGUUAGUGAUGCAUUUCUCUCUUAACUGAAGACAGUUCUGCCUUUGUUCCCCUCUCCUGCCCUCUUUCCAGACUCUGUGUAUAACUCUGUGUAUAACAGCUUACUUAUGUAUACUGUAUUGAUGGCUCAUUGCUAUAUUAUUUAAAAUGUCUUCUGUCAUUGAUCCAUCAAGAGGAGCAGCCUGUUUCCAUUUGUAGCCAAUAACUGUCAAGUUAUAAACUGUGAAUCUAAAGUUAUGUUCUCGUUUCUUUUUUAUCUGGGAAUAUUAAAUUUUUCUAGUGUAUAUAAAAAUAACUAUGCAAAGUGAAAUUACUGUUGUAGUUGAAAUUUUUUUUAUAGCUGUUAUCAUUGUGCACAUGGAGUAGACUAUUUCAGCAAAAGUAGUACCAUUUGUUUGAAUUUGUACAGAAAUAAUAAGAGGAUAUUUCAGUGUAAAUUACUGAAACUUGGUUUUUGUUGCUUUAUGAUGUUCUAAUUAGGGAAAUGAAACUUGAGUGCUCAAAGAAAACCAAACUCAAACUAACAAAAUUUAGUUGCAGUAAGAGAUUUUUUUUCCAUUACAUACAGCUUUGCAAUAAAUGCCUGUCUGAGCUCAUUGACUUUUUCAAUCAUAGCUACUGACUUCAGCAGGUUUUUCCAAGAAGAGUGAAAGUACUGAUAACUUUGGAUUGUUUUGCAUUGAUAUGAACAGUAGCUUUUUACUUUUUUACCUUUUUCCAGAGAGAUUUGCCUGGUGUUAAGCCAGAACACAGAAAUCAGUCUCAUACCUCUAAUGACAGAACAUCAAACCAAAGAUUAACAUCUUAAAAUCUCUUCUCCUUCUUAAUGAUC